UUCAUGCUGACCAAUUUCCUUUUCCGCUCUACACAGGAAGCAAACACUGACUGAGGAAGUGUCAUUGCAGAAAACCUUUGACAGAUAAUACAGAAAACAAACGCAAGAGAGCUGUCGGCUGAGACCCCAGAGCCCGUGGAUGGAAGUCAUGGGUCCUGAAAGAAUUCUUCCGAACUCCGAGGAGGAAUUGGGACACGACCGUCCCUCCGACGGAGGAGCCGUGCCCGAGGAGUGGAGCGGAGAGGACAUGGAGGAAGAUGAAGCAGGUGCCCCUGACGAAGAGGAUGAAGACAACGGAGGCUACUACUACCAGCCCCUCAACCAAGACCCGGAUGGAAUGGUGUCGGUGCCCACCGAACAACCCGAGGACGCGGGCUCACACGCCGACCAGAUUCAAGAUGUCCAGGAACGAAUACAGGCGAUGGGUCUGCACCUGCCCCAACCCCCCGCUCCCGACAGCGAUGAUGAAGACGACCCGGAGGGCGCGGCUGCCAACAGCAGUCGAGCCUCCAUCCCCAUGGACGCUGACCACGUGGAGCUGGUGAAGAGGACCAUGGCUGCCGUGAACCUGCCCUCGCUGGGCAUCCCUCCCUGGGCACAGGACAUCUCCGACGACCAGUGGAAGGACAUGGUCCAGCAGACGCUGCAGACCCGGCAGAGCGCUGCCGAGCUUCCACUGGAGCGCAAGUGAGAAGUGGACGUCACGGCUGGACACACACACACACACACACACACACACACACCUCCGCUACACACACUUCAUCUCGCUAUUCCCUCUGCGUAAAAGACAAUUGUCCAGGAGUUACUGAGAUUAUGAGAUGUUGAGGAGGAAUUUAACUUUCUUGAUAAAAUGUUGAUCAGAACAGAAAGGUGAAAAUAAAUCUUAGAAUUGUGUCUUCAAAUGGAGGAUCCAUUCAGCUAAUUGUGAGACUAGAACAUAAUUGUGAGACUAGAACAUAAUUGAGACCAGACUGUUGAGUGGAAAAAAACACGAUUGCGGCUUACCGUCCAUGCAAAGAUCUCGUUAUACGAGACGAAGUUGAAGAGCUUCUGCUGAAAUCAUAAUGUCCACGAGGACAUGAGAACAUCCCAUAAUAUCCAUGAGGAAAUGAGCGCCCCCCUCCCCCCCAUCUCAACAUUCAUAAUAAGCAUUUCAUAACAUUCAGCUCAUGACCUCAUUUCAAACCUCCUCCUGGCCCGCGCUGCACACGCACGGAGAAGGGAGAGGCAGAGUGCGUGUGUGCAUGUGUGUUUGUGCGUGUGUGUGUGUGUGCGCUACAUGGGCAGGUGUCCACGGAGCAGGGAGAGGCAGGAGCCCUCCGCCACCAUCAUGAUGAGUGCUGAAUGACACAUCUGGAACUGCAUUAGAAAUCCCUAUGGAAAAACUAAAAAUGUCUAGAGCAGGUUAAUAUGAUGGUGCUGUUGGCAUGAGACUAGCCCUGUGUGUGUGUGUGUGUGCGUGCGUGCGCUACAUGGGCAGGUGUCCACGGAGCAGGAAGAGGCAGAGUGUGUGUUUGUGUGAGUGUGUGUGUGUGCGCUACAUGGGCAGGUGUCCACGGAGCAGGGAGAGUGUGUGUGCACUACAUGGGCAGGUGUGUGUGUGUGUGCGCUACAUGGGCAGGUGUCCAGUGCUACACAGCUGGAGUAGAACACUUUCCUUUUACUUUUUAAAACAAGUUCCAUCUAAAUACCUGCAGUACCUGCCUGACCAAAGUCUUAAUUCAAAGUGAUCUGUGUUGCACAAGGGCAUCACUAAACUUAGUUGAUGUUAACAAGUACGUCAAGCGGAGUGUUUGCUGACGUGAUCAUGUAAGUGUUUGUGUGCAUUUUAAUUCUCAAAUGUAAGUGUGGGAGUGCAGUCCUGUGUGUGUGUGUGUGUGUGUGUGCUGGUCAGUCCUCUGUGUGCUAUUGAAAGUGUGUCUGUGUCUCCCAUACUGGCCCAUGCCACAUGCAGAUCAAAAACACUUCAUUGCCUGUAAAGUCUUUUGUUUUUGACUUUAUUUUUGUUCUGUACAUACAUGAACAUCUGUACAAAAUAUGACUUUCAUACUAUGUAAUGCUCUACCUAAUAAAAGUACAACAUAUGUACAUAUAACCUGGAAA